UGAAACUUUCAAAAAAGUAAUGUCAGUUAUAUGGCGGCCAUGGCGGAGUGGUUGCAAUUGAAAAUUUUUCGUCUUAGCGAACUAAGUGACGUUGAAGAGAAGAAAAAUGUUCUAUCAGAAAUUAAGAUUAAAUUGGGAAAUCAGAAUAACAGAGAAGCUGAACAAAUUUCUCGUAAUGUGGAUUUUCGUCAAUUAUUUACACAAUUAACCUCGAAUGACAGAGAAGUUAUACAGGAAGUGUGUGAAAUUUUGAAGAUAUUGUUUACUAUCACAGAAGCUGGGGAAGUAUACGAAAGAUAUUCAGCAGAAAUAUUGGAAUUAUUAAAUCAUCCAGAUGGCAUAGUUAGAUCCAUUGUUUUGCAUGAAAUUUUAUGCAUCGCUUCUAAUCCCGAAAAGAUAUCUUUGUUGUUGACGGAUAUCAAUGUGCUGGUGACUGUUAUAAAUAAAAUUGCAGAUGAUAAUUUAAUGGUAGCUAAAUGUGCAAUGUGUGUAAUGAAAGAAAUUGGUAAAAAUUCAAAUGGAUUACAGAUUUUAUACACAGGUGAAUCGUUAAGUAGUUUUGCUAGGCUAUUGGUAAAAAAUGAUAUCAUCAGUUUUCGUGUAUACGAAGUGGUUGUGGAUAUUGCAAAAUCUUCAAAGGAAGGCUUAGAAGCAACUGUUAGAUCAGGAUUUUUGAAUAGUUUGUUGGACAUCCUGGAAAGCAAUGAUAUAUUAAUUGAAGUAAAUGCAUUAGAAAUUUUGACACAGUUGGCAUUAACAGAAGAAGGGUUGCGUUAUUUAGAAGAGCAAGAUGUGUUGAGAAAAUUGGUUGAAAAAAUAGCACAAGCUAAUGAAAGUCCAUUGUCAAAUUUAUUGGUUCCUGGUUUGAUGAAAUUUUUUGGUAACGUUGCACGUUAUUGGCCGAAUGAAAUAUUUUCAAAGUAUCCAAUUGUUGUUUCUUCGCUGUUCGAAGUAAUAGAAAGCGGAGAUGAAAGUAUACUUGGUGUUGCAUUAGAUACAUUGGGACACGUAUCAGCGAGUGUAGAAGGUAAAUAUACUUUGCAAAGUUUAGGGGAUGCAAUGCCAUGUGCAUUAAAAAAAAUCGGCGAGAUAAUACAGAGAAUGCCUACAGAAUUAAGAAUUCGUGGGUUGAAUAAUUUGGCUCUUAUACUCGAUGUACCAAAAGUAGAACAGGACAAUAGAAUUUUGUCAUUAACGAAAUCAUGGUUCGAUGCUUUAUGCGAUGAUUCAUUGGGCAUGAUUGUAACGAUAUGCAGACAACCAUUUGCAGACAUUAGGCAAGCUGGGUUAGAAGCGUUAGCGGUUAUAGCAUCUCAAAUAUGGGGUCAAGAAUACAUAUCGUCUUAUCCAGGCCUUGUAGAAUUCUUAUUGGAUAGAAACAUUGAAAGUUUCAAGGAAUGUAAGGAAGCGAAAUACGAAGUUGUAAAACAGUUAGUCCAGGCUGAAGAAAAUAUAUUUGAUGCAAAUACAAUAGAAAAGUUGAGGGAAUUUGUAAGUCAAGGAGCCCACUAUGUAGACAUCGGUACAGAAGUCGCAAUAGAAGGUGGCCUGUGAAACGUUAUUUCUAUUUUUGUUACUGUAUUACUAUAUUGAGAUAUUAAUAAACGAGAGUUAUUUAAAGCAUGGUAUGAUAUAAAACAGUAAGAAGCAAGUAACUUUUAUGGUAAACUUUAAAGAAAGAGAAAAUGAAAAAUGGUAUAUUUUCUACACACUUUGUGUGAAAAUAAAAUGCAUUGAUAAAAAGAAGAAA